AUUGUUUUAGAAGAAGAAGACUUCCCGGCAUGCAGCUCGGCGCGCGAAGUUCUAACAUUUAUGUAGUUUUUCAUCUGAUAUUCAUCGUCACUGUUAGAGUGAAAUAUAAGUUUUAAAUGGUUAAAUUAAGAAGUGAGUGUGACAGUUAAACAUUUAAAGCUCCUCUGCGCUCCUCUGCUCCGUGACUGUAGGAUGAGCAGCCCUUCACUGAGCAGCGACAUCCCCCGACCUGCUGACCUCUUUGAAGAGUUAUGGAGUCAGCUGAGAGAGACUCAUCACAAAGCUCUGCAGGAACUGGAGGUGAAAGUGAGCAGGUUGAAGACGGAGCGCUGCUUAGACGCUCAGAAGCUCGAGGUGUUCUACAACCGAAACCAGCAGCUGAAGGAGCAGAACAAAACGCUGCAGGACGCCCUGGGCCUGCUGGAGGACAGGCUGCAUUCAGGAGAGUGUGAGCGAUGUGCUGCCUUCAAGGACAAUCUGAAAAAUAUCCAGGAGGAGAAUUUGUGGCUCGUUGAAACACUGCAGAAUGAAAGAAUCUGUCUGGGGGACAAAAACAGGAAACUUGAAGCUGAAGUGGAGAAGUUGAAGUCGACUCACUCUGAGCAGCAGCAGGCCUCAUCCCCCGAUCAAGAAGAAGGAAUCAUCCCAGACUCUCCUGUCCUGCCGAGCUCGCUGCCCGUCGCCAACAAACUGAGGAAACGCAGAAAUGUGGACAAACGCAAACUCGUCCGUUAUGCAGAGAUGCCUCUGCCUCACACUAACAGCUCAAUAUUUAACGAACGAAACAAAGAUCCCGGAGGAGCCGAAGUUCUCGUUCCAAACAUGUGUGAAUUGGACUCAUCGCAGACCUCAA